AUGUUCAAGGAGAAGCAAGCAACCCUGCAUAGGUGGCCAAGGACAAGGCUCUACCAACGAUCGACUAGCCGAUGGGCACGAGUAACGGCCGUACUCUGCCUGAUUCUUGGAGCAUUCCACUGGAUAUCCGUCAUCCAUACCCACCGAGAAGCCUUGGUCGCCAAGUUUAGCCCGACUAUUUUUACCCAUCUGACGCCAUGGGACAGCUCGACGCUCGCAGAUACACACUGGAGAUGGAAUGAGACGGGUGGCUUCGCCUGGGGAUCGUACUCCAGAAGAGAGAUAUGGGCGAAUCGGCACGAGUGGAAGCGGCUCGGCUCGGGGUCUGAGGGAGAAACGUUCACCUAUAAUGGUGCAGUCAUCAAAGUAUACAAGACAGCAAAGUUUCCGUUUCGAAACUGCGUCCCUGAUGCUCCUCUGGAGCUGCGAUGGCCGACCGAGAUAGAAGCGUCGUUGUUAUUGGGGGGAAUGGCCGAUGACAAUAGUCAGAGGGAUAUCGGGUUUCUGCCUGUGACGGAUUACUUCAUGUCACCACCGGAGGAGGGUGAAGCUCGGUGGCAUUUCUUGACGCCCUUUCUGGAGUCUGGAAGUCUUGUCAGACUCGCGGAGCACUUGCACCACUCUGGACACGCGUACACAGCUCGCGAUCUCGACAUCCUCUACCGACCAUCACUCGAACGACUCUUCGAAGCUCUCGACCGAAUGCAUAAUCGACGUGGACUGUGUCAUGACGAUAUCAAGCCCGACAACAUCUUUCUCUCAGGAAAGGGGGCCUUGGGGGAGGUUGAUGAGACGCUUGAUGUCACAAAGGACUGGAUACUGGCAGACUUGGGGAACGCUCGAGAACCCGAUCAUCCAUAUCACUCGUCGAUUUUGUGGUCGCGACUGAACAACAACCUCCCCAACUGCCGAGUCAACGACGUGGUGAGACUUGUCAAGUCGUACGUGCUCUUCCUAAGAGCCGCAGUCGACGAUGGUGGUGCAUUCGACGAACAGUUCUUCCAAGGACGCGAGCCGUGGGCCAAGUUGUUCUGGACCAUCGUCGACGGGGUCAACAGCGACGCUGUCUCAGCUGUUUCGGCCCGGGUGUUGUCCAUGGCACUUGAUCCCUCACUUGAAGAUCAUAAUGAUACUCUUGUACACGGUCGUGACCCGCAAGGCGUGUGGAACCCGGUCAAGAGACUGUUGAUGAGCCGAGACGAGGUCAUUUCUCGCGGAGUAGAUGACCAACUUAGAAUCAGUGCUGCAGAUAGUGUAGCGAGGCUCAAGGGGCUAGCAUUUCUGUUGGGGGUCCCAGUCGGAGAAUGUCAGGUCGAAAGAUAG